CAAGUCGUGUCGCUCACUGCUAGCUCCAGUAGCUACCCUGUUAGACGGUUAUCAAACUGUGUAGACCAGGCAGGUUUUGAAAGUGCUACCACCACGUCUGUUUGUACACAUUUAGAGAGUGUGUUUUUUUUAAACAUAUCAACCGACUUGGGGCUUUGCUGUCAAAUAAUUAAGGUGGGAGUGGAAGUAGUGCGCAACUAGCCGGGUAUCAGUGCAGGCUAGUGAAUGUGUUUGUGUGGUAGCCCCGGGUUAGCUCCAUAGCUAGCUGAGCAGCACACGUCUUCUCUUUAAAAGCCAGGAGGAGGAAUGAACCAUAAGAGUAAGAAGAGGAUUAAAGAGGCGAAAAAGAGCGCCAGGCCCGAGCUGAAGGACUCAUUAGACUGGAUAAAACACGGCUAUCAUGAGACUUUCGACCUGUCACACCGCACCGUGAAGGACAACGUCGAGCGCGUGGACACCCUCCACCUCACUCCCGAAGAGUUCAUCCAGCGCUUCGAGCGGCCCUACAAGCCCGUCGUCCUCCUCAACUGCCAGGAGAGCUGGCCCGCCCGGGAGAAAUGGACCCUGGAGCGCCUCAAGCGCAAGUACCGCAACCAGAAGUUCAAGUGCGGCGAGGACAACGACGGCUACUCCGUGAAGAUGAAGAUGAAGUACUACGUGGAGUACCUGGAGUCCACCAGGGACGACAGCCCGCUCUACAUCUUCGACAGCAGUUACGGCGAACACGCUAAGCGGCGGAAGCUGCUGGAGGACUACCAGGUGCCGGUGUUCUUCAGGGACGACCUGUUCCAGUUUGCUGGAGAGAAACGAAGGCCACCUUACAGGUGGUUCGUGAUGGGUCCGGCCCGCUCCGGCACCGGCAUCCACAUCGACCCGCUGGGCACCAGCGCCUGGAACGCCCUGGUCCAGGGACACAAGAGGUGGUGUUUGUUCCCCACCAACACACCACGAGAGCUCAUCAAAGUGACCAGAGAGGACGGGGGCAACCAGCAGGACGAAGCUAUUACCUGGUUCAAUGUGGUUUAUCCCCGAACUCAGCAGCCCAACUGGCCUCCAGAGUUCAGACCGCUGGAGAUCCUGCAGAGACCUGGAGAGACCGUUUUUGUGCCUGGUGGAUGGUGGCACGUAGUCCUCAACCUGGACACGACAAUCGCCGUCACUCAAAACUUCGCCAGCACGACCAACUUCCCCAUCGUGUGGCACAAAACCGUGCGAGGACGACCCAAACUCUCCAGGAAGUGGUAUCGUAUUUUGAAGCAGGAGCGGCCGGACCUGGCAGCGCUGGCAGACAAAGUAGACCUGCAGGAGUCCACGGGCAUCGCGUCGGACAGCUCCAGCGACUCUUCAUCGUCCUCGUCCUCCAGCUCGUCAGACUCCGACUCUGAUGCGGAGUCGGGCUCCGAGGGCGACGCCAUGUCCCACCGCAGGAAGAAGAGGCGGACCUGCGGGAUGACGGCCAACGGAGACACCAGUGGCCAGGACGACUGCGUCAGCAAGGAGAGGAGCUCGUCCCGGUGACCUCCAGCUCGCAGCCGGCCUCCCGCCGCGGCUCCUCUGCUCCGAAACAGACCGACGUCUCUGGCUGCUUCUAGUCUAGUUUAGGUAAACGUCUGAACAGAGGCCGCGUGGCUGUCUCUAGAGAUAAGAUGGACGCUGUUGAGAGGCAAGGUGAAGAUAAGGAGGAGGAUCCUCGGGGGAGGGGGGGGGGGGCUGCUGGAGACCAGCCACUACUGUGCUUUCCAACAACAAUCAAUAUCUGUUUGUCUCUGUAGCUUCUUCAGACAUGGACAUGGACUGGAUGGGGUUUGGGGAUGGGGGGUGACUCUCGUGGGCUGAUCUUUAAACCUCUGGGCUGCUGUCACAAAUAGAGGGAUGGGGAUGUUUUCUUUUAAAGGUAAAGUUAAAUCACUUGCUGCCGUCAGGGGAGGAGAAAAUAACGUUUGACUUCGGCUGCGCUGCUUUAAGACAGAAUUACCAGCGGCCAAUUAGACGUCAACUGUGUGAAUGCUGCGUUCAAGACAAGUAGAAUUUCUAAACGGAUGUAAACGGACGUCUGACUUAUGGAACAGCAAUUUAGUCGGUUAUUACAUGUGACGGGUUCUUACAUCUGUCACAUCUGAGCUCAGCUCAUCCAGUUGCGUGACGCUGCAAAACUCAGAGCUCCGACUCAUUGACUUGGGAAAUUUCCAACCUUGACUUGAACGCAGCAUUAAACCGUCAGGCCUCUAGUUUCACAGUAGUGACGUCACAGCGCUGUACGUUAAUCCAGAUCAGGGAAAAGAAGGAAUUCAAAAGUCCUAAAUUCACUUUGCACAUUUGUUGAAGCCCUCGUCAUGUUUCUGCUUCACCCUCACGGUGUCGGGUCACGGAUACGGCUGUCGGGUCAAAACACGUAAACCACACAGACGUAUAAUAGUUAUAAUAACUGGCUUCGUGUCAGGCGGUCAGGUGGCUUCUGAAGCUUCUUCCCCCGACAGCUGCUGUAGGCGUGUGUCUUCUCGUUGCCAGUAGCUGCGUGUUUUCAUCCGUUUCUAAGCCGUUUGUCUGAAGAACCUGAAUCCAGAUCGUCCACCAGUCUCCUCAGAUCACUGUCCUUUAGAGAAACUCUCCACCUCCACAAGACUAAAACACAUCUCUGCUUCAGUGACCGUCUCUUCAGUCAGCCAGCCUUAACAAAGAAAAAGCAUUUAAAAGCUUCAGACUUCCUGCCUGCGGUCGGUGUUUGUAUUAAAUACAGACUCUGGUCGUGUUGAUGUUGAAGCAGCUGCUCAGCUUUCAGUUUGUGUUCUCAGGUGGGUUCAGCAGCCUCCGUGAUGUCCUGCCCGCUUUGUGCCAUACGCUGCAGAGACAAACAGAGUGCGUUUAAUCCGCCGGAGGAUCUUUGGCUCCGGCGGGUUUUGCAGAGUUUAUUCGCGUCUGAUCAGGUUCCGCGUCGCGUUGAACACGAGCCGAAGCUUGAGCCGAUGCCAGAGGAGAAGACGUGUCGUCGUCUAAAGCUGCAGGGAGGACGAGUCGAACCUGCAGCAGCUGAUCAUUUCAUCAUUCAUAAAUCUGCUAAUUAAAGCUGAGAGAUUAGUCCGUUAAGCACUGCGGCAACUUACAGCAACUGGUUAAUUAAUUCUUAAAACAGCAAUGCCAUUAUUUGUUUGUUAUUGUUUCCUUGUUGUCGUGAAUCCAUUUGACGUCACUUUUCUGCUUUUUAUUACAAACGGCACCCGAACUCCUCAAUUUAUUGAAACGGUUUAAACGUCCAUCACCUUUUACUUCAAGAAGCAGUGACAUAAAUAAACUAUGAGGUUAAAAAUGGACUCGACCAAACAGGUAGAUUUACUAAGAUGCUUUACAGAAUCUUUAUUUACGUCUUUAAUACUGUUGAAUAAAUGAGGAGUGAGCUCUUCUGACUGGGAGGUGAUAAAUGAAUCGCCUGCUGCCGCCCAUUUCUUAUUGGUUUAAUAUUCUACGAAGUGUCCUGACGACGUCUUCAGAUGUUAAAUAUCCAAAAUAUUCAGUUAGUUUGAGAGAAAGCAGCGGUUUGAGAGUCUUGAACCCGAGCGCAUAAAUCACUGUCGUUGCAGCUCAUGUUAAUCUGUGGCUUUAGACUAAAGUGCCUAUAACGUAAAGUUUGUCGUCGGCUGCGAGGUGUGUUGUGACUGACUGUAGGGGGCGUUGUGUUUUUACCUGUCCUAAAAAUGAACUAAAGGCACUAUGUUGGUCCGUGAGGCCGGUCACACGGUGCCUUCGGGCGUUCUCCCGUCCUUCGUCAGCUGCACUGGUCCACGACGGGGACGAGGAUGAGGAAGGAGACGGGACGCUCAGACAGACGCUGAUGUGAUCAGUUUCAUUCUGUUGCUCAAUAAAAACCUUUUCUAUGACUAAAAA